GAGCUGGUAUUGAGUUGUGUGGCUCGCAGGGGUACUGAGGCAAGGACAGCUGGGAGGUACAGGUGGUGUCUGAGUGUUGGGUUAGGAUUGGGGUGAGCUGCACCUCCUGGCACACAAGGGGAGAGGAAGGUCCAGGAGAGCCCAACUAGCAUAAGGCUUUCCUCAGCCCCAGUGGAUGAAGGGAGAGGUCGCUUUGGUGGUCGAGCGCAGGGAGCUUCUCCUACUGCGUGCAUGACCUUGGACAACCAGCUGUUUGCUGUGGAGCUGUCAAGUGCAAGGAUGGGAAUGUCAGCUCCGGCGUGCGGAUCCCCAUGGGAAUGAAGCAGCCGCAUCAGUCCUGUUUCGGCAUAAAAGUGAGGUUGACGAGACUCCUCUAAGAUGUCUUACCGAAAGGAGCUAGAGAAAUACCGAGACCUGGAUGAAGACAAGAUCCUUGGGGCUCUGACAGAGGAGGAGCUCAGGAAGUUAGAGAAUGAACUGGAGGAGCUGGACCCUGAUAACGCGUUGCUGCCAGCAGGGCUCAGGCAGCGGGAUCAGACGCAAAAGCCACCAACCGGCCCGUUCAAAAGGGAGGAACUCAUGGCCCACCUAGAAAAGCAGGCAAAGGACGUUAAGGACAGAGAAGACUUGGUUCCUUUCACGGGUGAAAAGAGAGGAAAAGUUUGGAUUCCCAAGCAGAAGCCCAUGGAUCCUGUUUUGGAAAGUGUGACUCUGGAGCCGGAACUGGAGGAAGCCCUGGCUAAUGCCUCCGAUGCAGAGCUCUGUGACAUUGCUGCCAUCCUUGGCAUGCACACCUUGAUGAGCAACCAGCAGUACUACGAGGCUCUGGGGAGCAGCACCAUUGUCAACAAAGAAGGGCUCAACAGUGUGAUCAAGCCCACACAGUACAAACCUGUUCCAGAUGAGGAACCGAACUCAACGGAUGUGGAAGAAACUCUGAAACGAAUACAAAGCAAUGAUCCUGACCUUGAGGAAGUCAACCUUAACAAUAUUAUGAAUAUUCCCAUACCAACUUUAAAAGCUUUUGCAGAAGCGCUGAAAAAUAACACCUACGUGAAGAAGUUCAGUAUAGUUGGGACACGGAGCAACGAUCCUGUUGCUUUCGCACUGGCAGAAAUGCUGAAGGUCAACAGCACACUGAAGAGCCUGAACGUGGAAUCAAACUUCAUUUCUGGGUCAGGGAUCCUGGCUCUCGUGGAAGCGCUCCAGGGCAACACAUCGCUCGUAGAGCUGCGCAUCGACAACCAGAGCCAGCCCUUGGGCAACAAAGUAGAAAUGGAAAUCGCAAACAUGUUGGAAAAAAACACCUCCCUGCUGAAGUUUGGGUACCAUUUCACUCAGCAAGGUCCCCGGCUCCGCGCCUCCAACGCCAUGAUGAAUAACAACGACCUGGCUCGUAUUCACCGGUGUGAUGGUGUCUGGCAAUAACAUCUCAGCUCCACACCUGGACAAUUGAGGAAGAGGAGACUCGCAGAGUUGAACGGGCCUAUUUUUCCCAAGUGCAGAACUGGAGUGUAGUUCCUGGCUGUGGAGGUCAUUCCCGGUGAUCUGCGCUGCACUGUGGAAAUCUAAAGGCAACAAGUGCCUUGACAGAGUAUUUGUGGUGCCUCGGUUCUGUUUUAUGCACUAAGAGUUUAAAUUAACUAGUGGCUGUAGUUGAGGGUUUUAUCCAGUAGGACUGUUGACGUUUUCUGUAGAGUUGGAAAUUAUUCAAGCCAAUUUUAUGCAACCUCAGUUUAGAGUACAUCCCAGUGUAAAAGUGACUUUUAAUUAACCUGGGACCUGAUUUUUCUAUAAACUUCCUGCACGGUGUUUCAUACAGUUAGGAUGUGGUAUGCAUGAGUGAAAAAUACAGCUGUUUAACACAAAUUAUAGAAGUAUUAAAAAAAUACUUUAUUUUUUAUUUCCAAAUUGAUCUCAAGUAACUAUAGAGGAGCAACUACUUUAACAAGCACUUCUACUACCCGGAAACAUGGCUAAUUUCAAGAAUUGUGAAUUACAAUUUUUUACCAACAUUUGCUCAGUUAGUUGGAGAUGCUGUUACAAAUGCAUCCCUGUGUUUCUUAGAAAAAAACUGAUCUCCACCCCCUGAUUAAAUGGAACUUAAGGCCACCAAUUAUAAAACAGAGCCUCAAAAAUUGAGCGGUUUAGGAUAGGUUAAUAUCUUUCUAUGCUAUGCAUGUCUGAAGAAAACCAGCACCCCUAGAGAUGUGAUGCAAAUCCUAACCCCACAGAGGUGGCCAAACUCGUCAGCAAACCAGAGAGAGCCCUCUCUUCUAAUCCCUGCUCCCUUCAGCUGCCUAAUGGUAAAACCAUGAGUCCAGAUACUCACUGGAAACAAGUCAAAUUUUCUCUCGAUGACCACAUCCAUUAAUUAGAUUUUGUUCUGCUAGGGAUUGUUUCUUUUACUGCUGUCCCUAAUGUCUGCAUAAAUGCAACAAUAAAUGCUGUGCCCUAGAAAAGCCGUUCAGUGGAACACCCCAGCCCUGAACUGACACUGCACAUGCCAGCUUUGUGUCAGACAGUUCCACCACCCAUUAUCGAGCCGGGGAGGAACUCCCCGCAGGCUUGUGAGGCUCCCAGACAUGCCGUGGACUGGACCCAGCAGUAUCUCACCCAAAACUCCUGCUACUAACGUGGGUGGGAUCCUGCUGGGUGGGAAGAGUCUCCUGGCAGAAGCCUUGCUCUCCUGAAGCCUUAUUCUUGGUCUGAUGACUAUGUGUCCUAGAAAAUGUUCUCACUUGCUAGCAAUCUGUCUGUAUGCAUCUGUUAAGAGUGAAGUUUUGCAGCCUUUUACACAUAUUCCAGCAGAAGUCCCACAGAUCUUUUCUGAGCUUGGGCACAAAUACUGCACAUGAUUUAGCUCUGCCCAAAUGGAGCAGAGAAAUGCUAUACUUUCAGCAAUGUGGGGAUAAGUAUUUGUUGCUCUUCAAAUCUUAAUAAACGCACCUGUGGUGUCUAAUAAAAUGCUUUGCUAUA